AGUGCCGCAGUUUUGGAUAAGCGAGGAGGAAAAUAGAAAAGAAAUAAACUUAGAUCGAGCGAGCGUUUCGACGAGAGAUCCAUCGAGCCCCGCCCUAGCUUCCACACAUCUCAUCUACGUACGUAGUCCGCUCGCCUUUUUUUUUAUCCCCUCGUCAUGAGGAGGGUCAUGGCGGCGUCACCGCUGUUGCUGCUCUUGCUGGUGUCGCUGGUGUCGACGGCGGCCGCCACCAGCAACACAUCGGAAAGCUGGGAGAGGAAGAGGAGCGAGGAGGAGACCCGGCAGAUCUUCAGGGAGUGGAAGGCCAUGCACGGCACGACCAACAGCUCCCUCGAUGAGGAGGAGCAGCGCGCGUACACCAUGUUCAAGCACAGGCUCGGCCUCAUCGACCGGCAGUGGCAUGACCAAGGCUACUCUGUCUUCUCCUGGGAGAGGGGGAGGAGCGAGGAGGAAACGCGCAAGAUCUUCGCGGAGUGGAAGGCACGAAAACCAGUUACUACCUACAGCUCCAUCGCCCACGAAGAGCACCGGUACACCAUAUUCAAGGAGGACCUGCGCAAAAUCGACCAGCACAACGCUUGCUACGCCAUCGGGGUCCACAAUAACAACAGAUGCCUCAACCAGUUUAGCCAUCUCACCCAAGAGGAGUUCGAAGCCGUUUGCUGCGGGUUCUGGCCGGAGGAGCCAUCCGAGGCCAAAUUACAGAGGAUAGGCGAGAUCCAGGAGCUGUUGCGGCAAGCAUUUACCCGUCCCUUAAUUUAAUUCUUGGUUGAAAGGGAAUUUACUGGAUUGCUUUUUUAUUUGUCAUCAUGUAUCUCCAAUGUUUUCUAUACCAACAAAAGUAGAGGAUCUUUUUUAACACAAAAGUAGAUGGUUUUCUCAUAGAUGAAGUUGUUAGGAUAUAUAUCUGCUCGCGCGCGUGCGCGGUGUGUGUGUGUGUGUGUUGGCUCAUUGUAAAAACUAUUUUACUAGAGUUGAGCAAAGUAUUUGAAGUGUUUUAGCAACAUCUGAAUAUUGCACAUGGCUUCAUUAUGCAAGAUAGGAGAAGGAGCAGAGGCUUAUUCUUUCAUGCAGGAAUAUACUGGUGCUGAUUGGAUUA